CAGCAGCCGCCGCCGCAGCAGCUCGCGGGCGGCGGCAGCAGCAGGCACGAGAAGAGCCUGGGGCUGCUCACCACCAAGUUCGUUUCGCUGCUGCAGGAGGCCAAGGACGGCGUCCUGGAUCUCAAAGCGGCUGCAGAUACUUUGGCUGUAAGGCAAAAAAGAAGAAUUUAUGAUAUUACCAAUGUCUUAGAAGGAAUUGACCUGAUAGAAAAAAAGUCAAAAAAUAGUAUCCAGUGGAAAGGUGUAGGUGCUGGAUGUAACACUAAAGAAGUCAUAGAUAGAUUAAGAUAUCUUAAAGCUGAAAUCGAAGAUCUAGAACUGAAGGAAAGAGAACUUGAUCAGCAGAAGUUGUGGCUACAGCAAAGCAUCAAAAAUGUGAUGGAUGACUCCAUUAAUAAUAGAUUUUCUUAUGUGACUCAUGAAGACAUCUGUAACUGCUUUAAUGGUGAUACACUUUUGGCCAUCCAAGCACCUUCUGGUACACAGCUGGAGGUACCUAUUCCAGAAAUGGGCCAGAAUGGACAAAAGAAAUACCAGAUCAAUCUAAAGAGUCAUUCAGGGCCUAUCCACGUGCUGCUUAUAAAUAAAGAGUCCGGUUCAUCGAAGCCUGUGGUUUUCCCUGUUCCCCCACCUGAUGACCUCACACAACCUUCCUCUCAGUCCUCGGCCCCACUGACACCACAGAAACCCAACACGGCACCUCAGAAUCUGCCUGAGCAGCAUGUCUCUGAAAGGAGCCAGAAUCUUGAGCAGACACCAGCUACGGACAUAUCGUCAGCAGGAUCUAUUAGUGGAGAUAUCAUUGAUGAGUUAAUGUCUUCUGAUGUGUUUCCUCUCUUACGGCUUUCUCCUACCCCCGCAGAUGACUACAACUUUAAUUUAGAUGAUAAUGAAGGAGUUUGUGAUCUGUUUGAUGUCCAGAUACUAAAUUAUUAGAUUCCAUGGAAACUUGGGACUCUUAUCUACCUCUAACUGUGUAACAUUUUAGAUUUCUUAAUAACCUAAGUAUUUAAAAUAAUGAAUGUAACACUUUUUUUAGUUCACUGAUUCUGAAGUGUUCUUCCCUAAUACUUUCUUUUUUACUUCACAAAACUUCAACCAUAAAAACAAAGGUUUCUGAUUGCUUUCGGGGAAAAGUGACUUAAUAUCUACCCAACCUCCCAACUCACCAAGUAAUUACAGUCUGGGAUUUCAACUUUUCUUCCAAUUCUGAAUCCUUCUGUUUUUUCCUCUUAUGAGAGGAAAGUUAAAGUAGACUUGAGU